UCUGGAGGGAAAGCGAGAGCAGAAGAGUUAUGAAGCCCUUUUGGAAGACCCAAUGCUGAAGUUCUCUGGGCUCUAUCAAGAGACUUGCUCUGACUUGUAUGUAACUUGCCAGGUGUUUGCAGAAGGGAAGCCUCUCGCUCUUCCAGUUAGAACUUCCUACAAAGCUUUUAGCACUAGGUGGAACUGGAAUGAAUGGCUGAAACUGCCAGUGAAGUAUCCAGAUUUGCCUCGAAAUGCACAAGUGGCUCUGACCAUCUGGGAUGUGUAUGGACCAGGCAAAGCAGUUCCUGUGGGAGGAACAACAGUCUCACUCUUUGGGAAAUAUGGCAUGUUUCGUCAAGGAAUGCACGAUUUGAAAGUCUGGCCCAAUGUAGAAGCAGAUGGCUCAGAGCCCACCAGAACUCCUGGAAGAACCAGCAGCACAGUCUGUGAAGAUCAAAUGAGUCGUCUGGCAAAGCUCACCAAAUCUCAUCGACAAGGUCACAUGGUGAAAGUGGACUGGCUGGACAGACUAACUUUUAGAGAAAUAGAAAUGAUCAAUGAGAAGGAGAAACGAAGUUCUAAUUUUAUGUACCUGAUGAUUGAAUUUCGCUGUGUCAAGUGUGAUGACAAGGAAUAUGGUAUAGUUUACUAUGAAAAGGAUGGUGAUGAGUCAUCUCCAAUUUUAACAAGUUCUGAAAUUGUUAAGAUUCCAGACCCUCAGAUGUCUAUGGAGAACUUGGUAGAAAGCAAACAUCACAAGCUUGCUCGGAGCUUAAGAAGUGGGCCUUCUGACCAUGAUCUCAAACCUAAUGCAGCUACGCGAGAUCAGCUUAAUAUCAUAGUGAGUUACCCACCAACAAAGCAGCUAACAUAUGAGGAACAGGAUCUAGUUUGGAAAUUCAGGUACUACCUUACCAAUCAGGAGAAGGCCUUGACAAAAUUCUUAAAAUGUGUCAAUUGGGACCUCCCGCAGGAGGCAAAGCAGGCGUUAGAGCUGCUGGGGAAGUGGAAGCCCAUGGAUGUGGAGGACUCUCUAGAGCUUCUGUCCUCCCACUUCACCAACCCCACGGUGCGGCGAUACGCUGUCGCUCGGCUGCAGCAGGCUGAUGACGAGGAUUUGCUGAUGUACCUGUUACAGCUAGUCCAGGCACUGAAGUACGAAAACUUUGAUGACAUAAAGAAUGGGCUGGAACCGAGCAAGAAGGACAGUCAGGGCUCCAUGUCUGAGAACAUGAGCACGUCUGGAACCAGCAGUGCAGAAAUAGAAAGUUCCCAGAUCAUGAGUCCAAUUCCUCCUGUUUCUUCACCACCUCUUACUUCUAAGACAAAGGAGCUUGCAGACAAUGAAAACCUUGAUCAAGAUCUUUGCACUUUCUUGAUAUCACGAGCAUGCAAAAAUUCCACGUUGGCAAACUACUUAUACUGGUAUGUAAUAGUGGAGUGUGAAGACCAAGAUACUCAGCAGAGGGACCCCAAGACCCAUGAAAUGUACUUAAAUGUGAUGAGAAGAUUCAGCCAGGCUUUGCUAAAGGGUGAUAAGUCUGUCAGAGUAAUGCGCUCAUUGUUGGCCGCCCAGCAGACAUUUGUAGAUCGUCUAGUUCAUCUAAUGAAAGCUGUGCAGCGUGAAAGUGGGAAUCGUAAGAAAAAGAAUGAGAGGCUACAGGCAUUGUUGGCAGAUAAUGAAAAGAUGAAUUUAGCAGACAUGGAACUCAUCCCACUUCCACUGGAACCACAGGUGAAAAUUAAGGGGAUAAUCCCUGAAAAAGCUACACUCUUCAAGAGUGCCUUAAUGCCUGCUCAGUUAUUCUUUAAGACAGAAGAUGGAGGCAAAUAUCCUGUAAUAUUUAAACAUGGUGACGAUUUACGCCAAGAUCAACUUAUACUUCAGAUUAUUUCCCUCAUGGAUAAGCUGUUAAGAAAGGAGAAUCUGGAUUUGAAACUGACGCCCUAUAAAGUGCUGGCAACUAGUACAAAACAUGGUUUCAUGCAGUUUAUUCAGUCAGUCCCAGUUGCAGAAGUUCUUGCUACUGAAGAAAGUAUACAGAACUUUUUCAGAAAGCAUGCACCUAGUGAGACUGGGCCUCAUGGAAUAAGUGCAGAGGUGAUGGAUACAUAUGUUAAAAGCUGUGCUGGUUAUUGUGUAAUUACUUAUAUCCUUGGAGUUGGUGACAGACAUCUGGAUAAUCUUUUGCUUACGAAAACAGGCAAACUGUUUCACAUCGACUUCGGCUACAUCUUGGGUCGAGACCCGAAGCCGCUGCCCCCGCCCAUGAAGCUGAACAAGGAGAUGGUGGAAGGCAUGGGGGGCACGCAGAGCGAGCAGUACCAGGAGUUCCGCAAGCAGUGCUACACGGCCUUCCUGCACCUGCGCAGGUAUUCCAACUUGAUCUUGAACUUAUUUUCCCUCAUGGUUGAUGCCAACAUUCCAGAUAUUGCUCUUGAACCUGACAAGACUGUGAAAAAGGUGCAAGACAAGUUUCGUUUGGACCUCUCUGAUGAAGAAGCUGUACAUUAUAUGCAGAGCCUCAUUGAUGAAAGUGUCCAUGCGCUCUUUGCAGCUGUGGUGGAACAGAUACACAAGUUUGCUCAGUAUUGGAGAAAAUAAACCUUUCAUCUUCCUGAGGUGGAAAGGAGCCUCGGCAUGUGAUGAAGAGGGGAUUUCUCAAGCACCUUGUGGACUUUCCCAAACAGCUUUAGAAGGCAAAAGCUGCAGGUUUGGUAGUGUGAAGAGCAGGAGA